AUGCGCAUUGUCAUCGCUGUGACGUCUCAGGACGACUUCCUACGCACCACCGUCUCCGUCAUGGAUGCCGAUAUUGACGCAGAGGAGUGUCGGCUGCUGCAUGGCCUCCAACAUGAACGACAUCCCUCGCAGAAGUACCCACAUGAAGAAGCAUUCGAGGUUGUUGCAGAACUCCCCGCCGACCAAUCCAACAGGAAAUUAUCGAUGGCUUCCUUCUCGCCCAGAAAAUGGCUUACACCGAGUCUGAUACAUUGGGUCGUCCAGCUCCUCUCCGUCAUAGCAUUUUGCGCCCUACUGUUGCACUACCUACGAUAUACUCGCGCCAAGAAGGCCGCGUUGAGUGAGACAUGUAAACGGGACGCCUGGUUUCUGUAUGAGAGCAACCUCGCUCAAUGUGACAUCAAUGCUGCAACGGGAUUCCGUUUUCGCGGUGGAGCACUGGGGUUGAACUGGAUCGAGUACGGGACAAUUUUACUUGCUGCGAUUGCAUGGCAUUAUGUGGCAUGGCUCUUCCAAGGCUGGGUUAUUGUGAGGAUCUGCUUCGUCGAGACUGGGAGCGAAAGAUAG